UCGUCCUUGUUCCGUCCCUCUUCCGUUCAGUCUGCUUCUGAUCUGUUGGAGAGGUGAGACCGAGGGGAGAAGACAGAAAUGUCGGAUGAGGAGCACCACUUUGAAUCGAAGGCAGAUGCCGGCGCCUCGAAGACGUAUCCGCAGCAAGCCGGAACCAUCCGGAAGAAUGGGUACAUAGUCAUCAAAGGCAGACCCUGCAAGGUUGUUGAAGUCUCAACCUCUAAAACUGGUAAGCACGGCCAUGCAAAGUGCCACUUUGUGGCCAUUGAUAUUUUCAACAACAAGAAGCUUGAGGAUAUUGUGCCAUCAUCUCAUAAUUGUGAUGUCCCUCAUGUCAAUCGUACUGACUAUCAACUGAUUGAUAUUUCCACUGAUGGCUUUGUAAGUCUGUUGACUGAAAAUGGUGAAACAAAGGAUGAUUUGAGGCUUCCCACUGAUGAAAACCUUCUGAAGCAGAUCACUGGCAGCUUUGAAGAAGGGAAGGACCUGGUGGUGACUGUAAUGUCUGCCAUGGGAGAGGAGCAGAUCUGUGCCCUGAAGGACAUUGGCCCCAAAUAAAUCAAGCAGAUUAUUCCCAUUUCUGAGGGCUUUGCUUUCAAUGGCAGCCAACUAUCUGAGCGCUUGCUUUCCAUAAUAUCAAUACAGGUAAUGAGGCUCUUAAACUGCUAUUUGGAUCCUGGAUGAGGUUCAGUGAAAUGCUUAAUUCUCUUUUAUGCUUGAUAUUUUAGGACCUAAACUUUUGUUUGUGUUGUUUUAUUUAUAUCUCAAAAAGGAAAAAAAAAACGGGGGGACUUCAAUGUAUGAUUUUCUACCAUAAGAUUUUAUGGACAGGAACUAAGUUGUUGUUCUGUUA